CACCCUGUCCCUCGUGCUCGUGCUCAUGCUCAUGCUCACAGGGGAAUUCCUCUCCCUUAAUUAAAGCGCUUGGGAAGGGAAUCUUUUGGGAAGUGGUGGUGGUGGUGGUCGCCGUCGUGCCCCUGCUGCUCUACUCCAAUUAGCGUGGUCAAAAAAUUUAAAUUUUUCAGAGAGAGGGCGAGGUAGAGGAACAAAACCUCACCUUUAACCCUUUUCCUUCAGGUAAAUCACAUUUCCUCUUCCCUCUCUCUCUCUCUCUUACCUGGGUCUGGGAGCCUAUGAGACUUGGAAUCGAGAGGGGGGUUUGGUUGGCAUAGAGCGGAGGAGCGAAGAAUGAGAAAGGGCGUGAAGGAUGGGCAACUGCGGAACCCGGGAGGAGAAUGCCGUCGUCGCUGCGCACGCCCAAGCCCAGCAGCUCCAGAUGUUCCAACUGCCUGUUAAGAAUGCGCUUGCUGAGAAGAAGCACAACCGCACUUUCUCCGACAUAAGCGAUCCUUCGACCCCUCGAAAUUUUGAAGAUUCAAGGAACAUUGCAAUAUACACCAAUGUGAUUUCCUUUACAUUGUUUGAGCUUGAGACAAUUACAAAGAGCUUCCGUCCGGACUAUGUUCUUGGUGAAGGAGGGUUUGGGACUGUCUACAAGGGAUACAUAGAUGAGAACGUGAGGGUUGGCUUGAAAUCCCUUCCUGUUGCUGUCAAGGUCCUUAACAAAGAUGGUCAUCAAGGACACAGAGAAUGGCUUACAGAGGUUAAUUUCUUAGGCCAGCUGAGGCAUCCUAAUCUGGUGAAGUUGAUUGGGUAUUGCUGCGAGGAUGAUCACAGGCUGCUGGUCUAUGAGUUUAUGUUCCGUGGAAGCCUUGAAAAUCACUUAUUUCGAAAGACGGCUGCUCCAUUAUCUUGGGCGACAAGAAUGUCAAUUGCACUUGGUGCUGCUAAAGGGCUAGCUUUCCUUCACAAUGCAGAAAGGCCUGUAAUCUACCGAGAUUUUAAGACAUCAAAUAUUUUGUUGGACUCUGAUUAUACAGCAAAACUUUCUGAUUUUGGCCUUGCAAAAGCUGGACCACAGGGUGAUGAGACCCAUGUGUCAACACGGGUAAUGGGAACCUAUGGAUAUGCAGCUCCUGAAUAUGUAAUGACCGGUCACUUGACAGCUAGGAGUGAUGUCUACAGCUUCGGGGUAGUCCUUCUUGAGCUUUUAACAGGGCGGCGGUCUGUGGACAAGACUCGCCCCAGCAAGGAGCAGAGCUUGGUUGACUGGGCUCGCCCUAAGCUUAAUGAUAAGAGGAAGAUGCUGCAGAUCAUUGAUCCCAGGUUGGAGGGUCAGUAUUCAGUGCGAGCUGCACAGAAGGCCUGCAGCCUGGCAUACUACUGCUUGAGCCAAAACCCAAAAGCAAGGCCUCUUAUGAGUGAUGUUGUGGAGACGCUUGAGCCCCUUCAGAGCAGCAAUGGGAGUGAGAGCUCAGGUCAUGCCUUAGUGAGUGACAGGCUGCCUGACUACCGGAUGCACCGCAGGUUCACGGGGAAUGUUGUUGGGUGUAGAGCAAGUCCUAGCCCAAAAUGUUCCCCAAGUCCUGUGGCAGCAUGCAGGGUGAGGUGAGUUCUUCAUUUUCCUGUCUGGAAUAGGUUCACUUAUUGUAUAUCGACGAUCUAGUUGUGCUUGUAUGUGUGGGCUUUUUGCUUCUCUGCUAUGCUUGUGAUGUAAAUGUGAUCCUCACAGUGUUGCUGUUUGUGAGGUCUUUUAUUUUCACUGGGGUGUUUAUGUAAUCUUAACUGAGGCAACCCUUGCCAAAUGGGCUGGGUUUUAUUUUACUAAUGAAAACUAGUUGAACUGCAAAGAGCUGAAAUUUAUCUAGAA